UCUGUGAUGUUAUUUGUCAAUUUUCCUUCCACUUGGAGUUAAAACUUAGAUAUAUUUCAUUACCUAUUUAUUUGUUAUUACAAUAAUAAUUCCUUUCUUAAUUUAGUCUGUUACAUUGUUUUUUUCUUAAUAAAUUAUUUGACAUGUGUUUUAGAAGUUCAUCAGUAAUCAGAAAAAUAUAUCCGUGAACUUGGCAAGAAUCUUAAUCAUAAAUAAUUAUGUCUGAUAAGCCAGUGGUAGCUAGUGGCAAUCAGCCUAUAGUGAAGAUAGGUCACUACACGUUAGGGGUUACUCUAGGAGUUGGAACAUUCGGAAAGGUCAAGAUUGGUGAACAUCAGUUGACCAAGCACAAGGUCGCAGUAAAAAUCCUUAACAGACAGAAGAUCAAAUCUCUCGAUGUCGUCGGAAAGAUUAGACGUGAGAUACAAAAUCUUAAGCUCUUUAGACAUCCGCAUAUUAUUAAAUUGUAUCAGGUAAUUUCAACAGCAACAGAUAUAUUCAUGAUAAUGGAAUAUGUAUCUGGAGGUGAACUCUUUGACUACAUUGUGAAAAGGGGAAAACUCCAAGAGCACGAAGCUAGGCGCUUUUUUCAACAAAUCAUAUCUGGAGUUGACUAUUGUCAUCGGCACAUGAUUGUUCACCGGGACUUGAAACCUGAGAAUUUGUUGCUGGAUCACAAUAUGCAUGUAAAGAUAGCUGACUUUGGUUUGUCUAAUAUGAUGAUGGAUGGGGAAUUUUUGAGGACAUCUUGUGGAUCACCAAAUUAUGCUGCACCUGAGGUCAUAUCAGGAAAGUUAUAUGCUGGCCCAGAAGUUGAUGUUUGGUCCUGCGGUGUUAUUCUCUAUGCUCUUCUCUGUGGAACAUUGCCUUUUGAUGAUGAACAUGUGCCUACGUUGUUUAGAAAAAUCAAAUCAGGAAUAUUCCCGAUACCUGAAUACUUGAACAAAAGUGUUGUUAGCCUCCUGUGCAACAUGCUUCAAGUGGACCCAAUGAAAAGGGCGACAAUAGAAGAUGUAAAAAAACAUGAAUGGUUCCAAAAAGAUUUGCCGGGUUAUUUGUUCCCGUCGCCAGUGGAGCAGGUGGAUAGCAGCGUGAUCGAUACGGAGGCGAUAGCGGAGGUAUGCGACAAGUUUGGAGUUCGCGAGCACGAGGUUCACAACGCGUUGCUGAGCGGCGACCCGCACGACCAACUGGCCAUAGCGUACCACCUCAUCAUAGACAACAAGAGGAUCGCCGACGAGGCCGCCAAGGCUGAGAUCAAGGACUUCUAUGUUGCAAGCAGUUCUCCGCCGGCGAUCACCGAGAGCGGCCGCCCGCAUCCGGAGCGCAUUGCACCGUUGCGCGACAAGUCGACGCCCGCUGCACAACCUGCACAGGACAAGCAAAAAGGAACGCCUGUUAAACGGGCUAAAUGGCACUUAGGCAUCAGGUCGCAGAGCAAGCCGAAUGACAUAAUGCUGGAAGUUUUCCGCGCUAUGAAAGUGCUCGAUUACGAGUGGAAAGUUAUCAACCCAUACCAUGUCAGAGUCCGCACUUUAAACAAGAUGACUCAGAAACACGUCAAGAUGUCACUGCAAUUGUACCAAGUUGACUACAAAUCGUAUCUACUCGACUUUAAAUCUCUCUCGGGAGAGAAGGAGGAAACUGACGAUGACGCGGCCUCCCCCCUACUGGCUUCCCCCAUACCGCCGCCUCCACCGCCCAUCUCUUCGCAGCCGCAGGGCCACCACACCAUGGAAUUCUUCGAAAUGUGUGCGGCAUUGAUUAUACAGCUUGCGCGAUAGCGUUCAAAAAUAUAAUAAAAUUUUCCUAAUUUACGUCGUAACAGUUAGAAUUGUGAUAUAUUUUAAACGUACUUACAUAUUUUUCGGAUCGGCUACAACGGCUACAGGCUUAGUUGAAAUAACGCUUUUUUUCUCUGCGAAUCGACACUUUACAUAGACAAAUACUAGAGCUACGGUCAUGAUAGCUCGCACAAUAUUGCUUGGCCGUGCUGAAGUUGUUUCUCCAAGCCAUGCGAUAAUUUACUAUUGAAUUACUUACAACUGUAAUGCGCAGCUUGUUACUGACUUCAGUGCGGCUUACUUAGAUUGUGCAUUCUGCACAGACUGCGUGUUGUCGGCGCACUUAUUGUCCCUAUAUUUACAUAUGCAGCUGAGACAUGGACCAUUAUAUAAGAUGAUCAACCAUAUCUUCAGAGGAAUCUCGAAUACUUCACAUUGCCAGAAGAGAUAAAGACAAUCUUAAGAAGAUAGUGGCAAAGUGGAAGAAGGAGACCUCAAGGACGUAUCCAAUGCGUUGUUCCGAUCAAAUCCCCACAUCUCUCGAUACCAAAGUGCAAAAUUAUUACUUGUUUCUCUAAGUCUAGUCAAGUACUUCUCUAUCAUCCGGCAAUAAGUAGAACGGGUCACGGCCCUUUAGCAAUGAGGACCACGAUGUAGAAAGAACAGACAAUUAUAGCAAAAGGGUCAUGUAAUUUAAAAUGGGCAUCGCAUGGGAAGGAGACAAUUAUCUCCCCGGGGAAAGGAUAAGAUUUUAUCUUCUGCAACUUUAUCAACUGUCAAAGCACUGGCGCACAAGUGGAAAUAAUAUCCACAUUAUGUGUAAUAAUAAACGGGGGUAAACUUCUACUAUUCCAUGUUUCCGUGCUUUAGCAGAAGGACACAUUAAUUAUAUCCCUUGUCAGGGGAUAUAAUUUUUGUCUCCGGCCUGUGCUAGCUCUGCUGUGGGGCAUGUAAUGAGGAUUUAGUCCAUGUAGCAUUUAUGUGCAAAUGCGACGAGCUAGCUAGAAAUAAUUGGAUCCUUGAAAUUGUCCUCCAAUCUAAAAGCUACAAUCAAGCUGCUAGACUUGGUAUUUGAAGCUAUUUAACUUGAUGAUAUAAGGAUAGCGUGAGUACUAAACCCCAAGGUCGAUAUGCCAAGUUAGAGAUAGAUCAGUGUCGGAGAGAAAUAUAGCUUCGGCUGUUUUUGGAGCGUCGAGUCAGACUUGUGGGUCUGCACUUAUCGAAGCACGAGCAAUAUUUGCGGCAGGCACCUCUAAACUUUUAGAGUUAUGCGUUUUAAGCAAUUAAAUAUCACUAGCCUUAACGGUGAAGGAAAAAGUCGUGAACAAACCUUAUUCAUAUCCGCACUCUGCCAGCGUUGUGGACUACGGGCUAAACCCUUCGUAUUUUUCGAAGAGGUAAUAGGUUGGUAACGAUGAUACAAAACAAUAAGAGCGUGCAAAUCAAUCAAGUGCGUUGGUUAAGAAACAUCAACUCAAGCAUGUACUUCCUUAAAGGUUAGUUGACCCUUACCAUUCUUACGUGCCCCGGAAAGCACGUUUAUUUAUUAGUCCCAGUCAUCCAUACUUACAUCUGAGAUUAAUCUUAAUUAAGAUUUGCUCUACUUUAGCUACACCUUAGCCAUCAAACUGGCUCCUAUAUCUUACUUUCCUGUAAGAGAGAAGGCACGUGAUCAGCAAUGGAGGUAUUGAUUCCUAUGUUGUGAAAAUAUCCUACUGUACCGUGGAAAGGUACUCCACAAUAUAAUGAGCUGACAUAUUAUAUUUGUGUUGAAUGAAAACUAUGGCUGUAGCAAAGUUAAUAAUUAUAUAUAUUGCUCCAAUGUUUAUAGAGGGGGUAGUUUACAGAUAUUUCUAUAUAUAAUUAACACUUAAUUAAACUGUGUUCUUAAAAAAUAUGUGAAAUAGAGAUAUAAAAUUAACGUAGAGAUAAAAUUUGUUUUUAUUAAUAAUAUAAUUUAGGGUUUGGUGUUUUUUGACUAAUAUUAUGCUUCAGGCUUUGCAGUUUGCAGUGCGUCUGUUAUAGCGCGGACAUAUAGGCAACGCGCCACUACACUACGCGACACCACGCAUGUUGAGUUAAAUAAAAUCGUAAUAUUACUUUAGCUCAGAAACUAAUUCAUAACUGACGUCACGUCGUGAUAAUGCGUUACUCUGUAUUUGAUUCAACACAUCUGAGGUUGGGUGAAUUUGCACGUUGCCAAUGUGUUUCCGGCUUUAGUUUAUUUAAUCAAAAAUAUUUAUUAUAGGCUAAUAUAAUAUUAUUGUUAUUCUACGCGAGAGUAUUGUAUAGUUAGUAUCCAAAUAGAUAAUUAUUGAAAAUAGAUAAUAAGUUAUGUGAUGCGGAAUCAAUACAUAAGUGCCGUUUGUGUAACCAAAGAAAUAAUAAAGUGCCUUUUGUGUCGUAAGAACAGGGUCCCGAGUGUGAUAUUGCAAUUGUUUUCAGCGGUCGAUCAAUGGCAAAAAUUACCAAUCUAUAUAUAUAUAUAAUGUAGUUAGAUAAGUUGAGUAAAUAUUAAUUUGACAAUAAAUACAAUUUCCGUUAGUUAGCACUUGGUAGGCCUGUGUAUCACGUGUGCCUAUUUAAUUUGUGAUCGCUCGCUUACCGUAAGUUUUUCAAGAAAACAAUCAUGAAAUUUCGAUCGGAAAUAUGCUGCAAACAAACUCAUUUGACUAUCUGUUGUAUGCUUUUUUUUAAUAAAAAAAAUGUUUAGAACGUUUUGUCCUUGAUUGAACACUUGAUACACUAUUGCAAAAGCAGACUCAGGCCAUAGUUGUUAUAUAAUCUGAUACUUCAGUUAUUGUAAAUAUAUAGUGUUAAAUACACUGCUCAAAAGUUAAAUACCAGCAAGAACUUAUAAAAGAAUUGUUGGCUAAGUUCAAGGAAUUCCUAAGACCAAAACAUUGUGAUAAUUCCAAGAUUUUCAACGCCGUUAAUUUUGCCUUAUCAUAUAACUGACAUUGUUAAAUACAGCUCUCAGCACCUGAUCAACCUAUUAACGAAUUGGUAUUUAGAUCAAUUUUGCUUAUCGUUAUCUAAUUUUAAGUUCAUAUUCCCGGUAGUAUGUUAACUAAAUCACUUACGCGGUAUCGUUUCAAAGGAUAUUUGACAAUUCUGUUAUACCCAAAGCUCUAUACUAAAUUGACAUUUAAAAAAAUAGUGUAAUACUAGUUUAGUUUUUUGUAUCAGAGCUCAUAAGAACUACGCCAUCUUGCUUAGUUCGCCCAGCAACAUUGCUGAGUUCCUGUGAAAGACGUGAGGUUGGUGUAAAACUGAAUCGGUGCCAAUAUAAGAUUUAAAAAUUCCUUUUAGCUUUAGCCAAAGCGCCUAAGCAUCUAGUACUUCUUUAGCCAUAAUAAUCUAACGGGGUUCUCUAAACAUAUUACGACAUUAAAACUAGAAUACGUCAGUUUUGUUAAAAUGGAUUCAGUAAUUUCUCCAACUUGGCCACAUGGCUGUGCACAUAUAAAAAUAUAUUAUUAACUAACUAUGUAAUUUGCUUACCUGUAUAUUUUAAGUGUGCCCAUUGAAGCCCAGUCUCAGGAUUAAUGAACGAUAUAAUUAAGCACAGUUUUAAUUCAUUUUUAUUUAUUAAAUAAACUAUUAUAGAUGAAACUAUUGACAUUAAAAUUCUAGCACUGC